AAUCCGGGUAUUAUUCUCGGUUACGAUUCGUAGGACGGGUCUCGGGAGGUUCGGGACCCAGUAGUACCCUGGCCAAUCGGAGCCGGCACAACAUUUCCAGAUUCUUGGACUCUUUAGUGGAAGCUGCGCGAUAUUGCAUUAGACACGUAACGGCCGAUCUAUUUUGGAUAUUAGAAAAUUUCGUUUCUUUAAAAUCCGAAGCGAACAUGGUUCUCAUGGGACACCUGCUGGACCAGCAGGGUUACGGGCACGAUUCCGAGUGCUCGAGCCAGCGUCGGGUUGUAAUAUCUGGACUCGGGUGGCGUGCGCAGUGCUGCGAGCGGAGCGAGGGUGAGAAAGAGAGGGAAGAUAUGGCGGCGCCCGAGGGCGAGCGGGAGGCGCGCAAGAGGCGUGAGCGCAGGGACUCCGGUUGCGCACACGAGCGUAAGGAGCGCAGACCUCACAGCGAAGAGCGUCCGCCGCCGCCCCCGCCCCCGCCUCCGCUACACGACUAUAAUCGACUUGAGUCGGAACGAAGAGCGGAGCGUUUAUCUCGCGCGCGUCGACCCCAACACGUCGCGAAAAGACGCCGCGCAACCGCGCGUCUGCCCCGUCAGCCCAAAGAGAACGACUGUGCGCACACCGACGACACACGCAGUGGCACACCGCCGCACUUCGAGUAUGUCGUGCAACAAAAACCUGAAAUAUGUGAAGAGACGGAGCGUUCGAGUGUAGAGGCCAGCGCCAGACAGGAAGAAGCGGAGCGAGAGCGUCGCGGCGAGCGCAAUGAACCACCACGUCGUACGAUGCCGAGCCCAGACCGGCGCCUUGAGAAGAUCAACAAGAAGAUCAGUGGCCUAAAGAAAAACAUCGCUAAAUACGAAAGUGAUUUCGAAGCCCAAAAUGGCCACCCAAUAACUCAAGGCGAUCGUAUGACAGAAGUUCAAUUAAUUCACAUGUACGAAGCCCUCAGACGCUUGCAAGCAGAAAAGCGCUGCAUUAAAGCGGACCCCGUGGAAUAUGCGCUGAAAGUUCAAGCGGCGAAAUUACAGAAAGAAAAAGACGAUAAGUUGGAUGCAGCGCUGAAUAGCGAUAAACCGAUGACUGAAGUUGUGAAGGAUAUUGAAGAGUGGGUGGACGGUUGCCGCCAAGCGUCGGGUCGCGCAAGCAUUCCGGAAGCUAACUGGACACCAGCACAGUUGGCUGCAGAGAAGUCUUGCGUACAGCGAGCGCUGCUAAGACUUGAAGCGGCCCGAGGGAGGCCACCAGCACAUUCCGCCGAACGCGGAGCAGCAAGGCAUCUAUAUGAGCGAUACCGAGCUGUAAAACGUGCAUUGGCCACCUAUAGAUCUGACGUCGUAAUCGGUGGUCCCAACGGCGAACUGGCGACAAUACACGAGCACGAAGCAAUGCUGUUCAACACCAGCGUGGACAGCUCCAGCGAUUCACAGGAGAAGCCUUCUGACUCUUCACAGGAAACUAUAGAAACUCCUCUCCAAUCGCCUCCCACACGCGAAGGUUUGGAGGAGAUGCCGUCGUCUACCUCAUCAGCGAAAUCAGCCACCACCAGCGAGGAAGUCGAGCCUUCCAAUGAAAGCCUGCACUGCUUGGGGCUGGACGACCUCACUCGAGCACUCUCUGAAGCUAAACUGCUUAAAUGUGUACUGAGGCGCAGUAUCAAAGAAUACGAAGUGAACUUCGAGCUGCAGAACAGUAGGAAGGCUCAGCGAGACGACAAGAUGGGCCGCGAAGAUGAGUACAAGCGAUACAAAACCGUGAAAGCAAGAAUUAAACUCAUCAAUGCCCUCAUCAACAAACAAAAGUCCAAGGCUUAAACGACCAAAUAUUUUGUGCUUACGCUGAGAACGUUAUUCAUAUAAAUUAAAUUUAACGAAUCGCCCAAAAGCCUUUCGACUGCCAGCGCCCUUUCUACACGACACCUGCAGUAGCUACUUUUCUCAGAGAGAAAAUGUAAAUUUAAAAUAUGUCUAGUCGUAAGUAAAAUAACCUGUGAUUUAUUAUUAUUAUCUUAAUGAUUCUUGUACGACAAGACGUUACAUAUGCCUAUUAAUAAUAUAUGUAUUGUGUAUUCUAUUUUAAUUAUAUUUCAAAUAAUAAUUAUUAUUAAAGCGGCGACUUUAUUUAAAUCUUAUAACGACUACUCAGAAGAUAUGGAUUUUAUGAACAUUAUAUUAAAGCUCAAAUUUGCCAUCAAUUCUCCAGCUGGGGCUUUUCACAGAACUUAUGUAAAAAAAAAAACAGUAGAGGUUUUUCGACUAUAAAAAGAGCAGCAUUAGGUCCAUUUUACUUUGGCGGUACAGAAUUUGAUAUGCUUAAGACUUCUCGAUUGCGAGCGAGCGAAUCUUGUACUGAAGCCUCAGAGUUGAUUUCAUGGAAACUGUAUUUGCGAAGCGUCUGGUAACUUACUUCAGUUGACCUGAUCGCGCUGACUAUACUUCAGUUUAGCGAAAAAAAAAAAAAGGAUUAUAAAGCUACCUACCUAAUUAAUUAAAUAAUACAUUUAAUACAGUUAACUAAACUGGUGUUUAUAAUUAAUGUAUUAAUUAUAAACAACAGUUUAGUAAACUGAAUACAUUUUAAUUAACGCCUAAAGAUAUAUCACAAUGGAUAAAUUAAAAUGGUCUGCCGUUUUAAGAUGAUAAAAAGUUUACCAUUAUUAUUUGUUUUAAAUUUGAAUGCUAUAAUUAAAAUUUGGUCUCAAUUUCGCGAGUAUAAUAUGUAGACCAAUUAACAAGGUGAAUGCAUACUGCGAUUAUUUUGAGUGAAAACUUUACAAGGGACAAUCAAAUCUGUUUUUAUGUAAAUAUUAGCUUUGCCCUUUAGAAUUGGGUCACAAAAAUGUGAGAGUAAUAAUAAUUAACAAAAAAACUUGUAUUUUCCGGAAUAAAAUGUAGACGAUGUGCAUUUAGACUGUAACUUUAUGCUACGAAUUUUAGCAAUAUAGGCUCAGUUUAUGGAAGGUGUGAAGGAGUUACAAACUGAACAUCUUUAACGUUUAUAACAUUAGUAAGAAUAUAGGAAUAAAAAAGAAAAGUUAAGAAAUUGGUAUUGUAUUCAGAACUGUUUUUUCAUUGCUUAGAUAAAAAACAGAAAAAACAGUCACCCGAUUAACAGACAAAAACUCUCAAGAAUUCGAAUUGCUUCCUCAGUUAAUACCAAAAUAUUUGGCGAUUUUAAAAUCGGCGUAUAGAUUUAUCUUACGUACAGUUAUUUCACCAAAUAACUCGCCGAACCUGCAACUCAUUUAUGAUGUUCAGAUUUUCAUAUUUGUGCUUUUUGAUUUCGUCGCAAAGCUAAGAAUAUAGCGCAAGUGAAAUUACCCUAAAGUUUCGAGAUACAAAAAACUCCUAACCAAAACUUAUUAAUUAUGCAAAACUCAAAUAGGUAAUAAAUCAAUCAAUAUUGCUAGGCAAAGCCUUAGUUUUUAACUUCAUAUACAAGUUAAUCUUGCGGUUUUUAUUUAUGAUUAGAGGGCUGUUUGAUGUUAGUACCUACCUCCUAAUAACUUUGUUAUUAUCAUCGUCAUCAUCAUCAUAUGAACCGAUAGAUGUCCACUGCUGGACAUAGGUCUUUUGUAGGGAGUUCCAAACUCCACGGUUCUGUACCGCUUGGAUCAAGCGUCUAGCUGCCAUUCCAGCACCUUGGGACCCCAACGUCCAUCCUUUCUCCGAACUAUGUGCCC